GAUCCGUCCGCGACGGCGACGUCCGCGUCGGGGCGUCAGCGCGCGGCCAAGCCGGCUCGGCGCCAAAAUCAGCUCGCCAGUCGCGCUUUCCGGUCGGUGUUUUAUAAAUACUGCAGACACUCGAAGAGUGCAGCGAACACGGGAGCCGCUGUAAAAUCACAAAUCCCGGCGGACACAGUUACGGCUCGUUGAACGAUCCCAGCGAACGAUCUCUCCUCGGGUGCCCCGAUUCGGGGGUGUUUCCUGUUUCGGGUAUCCCGCGGCUCCUGCUAAAAGUGCGCCCCCCGUGAACGGCCUGCUGACAUUUCCAAUGGAUUAAUUGCGGCGCGAGCGAAUUCUUAGAACAAAGUGCCAGAGAGAAGUGUUCCGCGCGCUGUUAGUGCUCGAAAGUUGGAGAAGCCCCUUUGUGAAUCGCGGUUAUUAUUCGAGAGUAGUGAUUAAUUUGUGACCCCGUUUCUGUGGAUAGUGGACUAACAUGUGAGAUCGUGCGCGGAAAUUGUUCGAGAAAAGUUGGGAAUCGUUUUUCUAGAUUGGGUGUUGACUAGAUGUUUCUUGCGCAGAGUUCGUCGAAGCGUUCACCGCGAAAUGACAGAAUGUGAGCCUCGCGGUCCCAGCGUCAACCACACCGGAUUGUUAAACGCCAUCCCGACUUUUGGCUUCUAUUCGAGCCCGUGGCACAGGAUCGACGACCGGCCGUCAGAAUGAGCUUAAUGAAGAAAGCCAUCGGCGGCUCCAUUCACAGGAUACGAGAGUUCGAGCUCGAGAAGGUGAAUUUGAUCGACGAGUUUGAUAUACUGCAAAUCGUCGGCGAGGGAUGGUUCGGCAAGAUCCUGCUGACCGAGCAUCGCAGCACCCAGACCGAGAUGGUGCUGAAGGCGCUGCCGAAGGCGUACACCGGGAUCACGGACUUCUUCCGCGAGUUUCAUUACGGGCUGCACCUGGCGGCGCACAGGAACAUCAUCACCACCUACGACGUGGCGUUCGAGACCGCAGGGUUCUACGUGUUCAGCCAGGAGUACGCUCCGCUCGGAGAUCUAACGUCCAACGUGACAGAGACGGGUUUAGGCGAGCUGCACGCGAAGAGGGUAGCCAGACAGCUGGCCGCGGCGGUGCAUCACAUUCACAGCCGCGAAUUGGUGCACCGUGACAUCAAGCUCGACAACGUGCUCGUGUUCCGUAGCGACUUCUCGCGGAUCAAGCUCUGCGAUUUCGGCGAGACCAGGCGUGUGAACACCGUGGUGCGCCGACACAACGAGUGGCUGCCAUACUCGCCGCCCGAGGUAUUGCAGAUCGACACUGACGAGACGUACAAAGCGCUCACAUCGCACGACGUCUGGCAAUUCGGCAUUGUCCUAUUUGUCUGUCUGACCGGAUGCCUGCCGUGGCAGAAGGCGGCGUUGGACGACCCGCGGUACACCAGAUAUCAAAACUGGCACAACGCGACGCUGAACAUAGCCAAGAAACCGAAAUUAUUUCAGCUGAUCAGCUCGCGGGCGCAGAGGAUGUUCAAGCGCCUGCUGGACCCGAAAGCUGAGAAGAGGCCCGCGAGCGUGUUGGAGGUGAACAAAUACGUGGAGGACCGCUGGCUGGCGAAGCUGGGCGCCGAGAAGGCGAUGAACGGUGGUGUUGACGAGAGAGACGAGCUGUGCCCUUCGAUGUACAGCUUCCAUAGUUCCCUCGAGGAGAAGAAUCAACUUUUGCACACGCUAACCACGUACGGCGUGGAGACAACGGUAGACAGAUCGAAGAAGAAGGAUCGGAUCAGAGAAUGGAUCCAAGCUAGCGCGAUAGUCGAGGAAUACGAGGAGGAUGAUUCCGAUUUGAACGAGGACAUCAGAAUCUACGAGGAAGAAGACGAAGAGCCUAGUUCGAUGAAAGGCAGGCAUUUUCCGGAGACCCGGGUGAAAACGGGCGACACCAAAAGGCAGAAGGUGAAAGCCAGCGCGUCGACAUCAGCGGCGAGGAAGAGGCAGCUUAUCAAGCCAACCGAGAGGAAGAUUCCGUUCGCGCCGCAAGUGGCCGAGGAACGCGAGACCAUCGCCCGUUUCGCUAGCUUCCCGAAUGGCGACCCCAGUCUGGCGAUCCUCAAGAACGGGACUAACGGCACCGCCUCGGUGUCCUCGGCUCUGCCCCAGAGGAUAAAUUCCAAUGCGACAGAAGAGUCAUCCAUGCCCGUGAACGGCGCGAACAGCGAUAAAUCACGUUCGAACGGCGCCAAUAAUUCUCGAGACGAUCCCCUGGUGGCCACGACCAGCGGAGUCUUCGGCUCCAACGUGGACAUGGAAAAUAGCGACGCGCAGGAUUCCAGGAUUCGCAACGGCGCGCAGGUCGACCGGAGUUACCCUAGGAGCCCGCAGAUCCCCAGCAGGAAGCAUCGGCCGCAGGCCGCGUUUUCGGCGCCUGGAACGCCGCUGCUGAACGGCAGCCGCACGGAUUCUUCAAAGAGGAGCCAGUCGCAGACGGACAAGCCGACUUUGCCGUUGGCCCGCGAAACCGAGAGGUCACCGGCGCCGGCGACUGACGGCCAAUCGUCGCGGGCCGAGAGGUCGAAUCGAUCCGCGGUCCAAUCAAUGUCUCGAGUAGAAAAUCAAUCCGCAGCGGCGGCGGCGGCUCGAGUGGAGAAUCAAUUGAGUAACGCUCCGCCGGUAGCCAGAAACGAGAAAUCCGCGGCCGGGACGGUGCCCGCGGCGAAUCCGCUGACGAUGUCGGUCGCCUCUCAUCUCGUCAUGCAGAGCUUCAACGCGUUGCAGGGGAUGAAUCCGGUGCCGGCCGGCGACUCCGCUAAUCCGAAGACCGGUUCGACCACGAAUCUGCCCACGACGACGGCCAAGAACAGCCCGACCUCCACGCCGGCGAGGAUCUUGACCCCGAAGAACAGCCCCACUAACACCCCCGCGAGGACCUCGACUCCGCCUAGGCACAGGAACAAUCAGCGGGCCGAAGAACCGGUCGCCUAUGGCAAGGACCCUUACGAGCAUUAUGGUAUCGGCCUCGGCGUCGUAAUGAGGGCCGAGAACGCGAGGCGAGGCUCGCUCGAGAGCGCCAGCCGAUCCGUCAGCAAUUGAUCGACGGAUUUCCCUUUCAUUCACUUUUUCAACACGGCUGAUGCUCCGACCCGCGCAGUCGAACUUAGGGGAUACGAGUUUUUCGGGAUGAUUCUAGUGGGACUUUUAAGGAGGAAGACGAAAGGAUGGUCGUAGAGGAUAGAGGUUGCGGGGAUUGUAGAGUUCGGAGGAUUCGAAUUUUCGAGGAUGAUUCUACUGGGAUUUUGAAGGGGGAAGAAGGAAGGAAGGCUGCAGGGGAAAGAAGCUGUAGAGAUUGUAGAGUUUGGAGGAUUCGAGUUGUUGGGGACGAUUUCGUGGGAUUUUGAUGGAAGACCUUCAAGAUGUGAAGAUGGCGAUUGCGAUGUACGUGGAUCCUGGAUCGAAGAUGAUAUUGAGGGGGAUACUUCAAAGAACAGAGUUCAGUGGCGAAGUUUUCGUCAAUGGAGACCGAGCGAGGCGAGACCAUGUCUUAAUCCAGGGCAAACAUGUAAAUACUAUCUUCCGAUCGAAACAGAUUCGCAAAGAGACGGUUAGACGAAGAGUCAAGAAGACGAAUAGUACAAACGAUAUCCUGUAGUAGUAUUACGAUUCCUGAAUGAUUCUAAGAAUUUUCAUUGAAAGUUACGACAGGCAUUACCUAUGCCUGGACAAGGAUAUUGCCAAUAAAAAGAGAAAAGAAGAAUUUAUUUGCUCCGUGCGAUGGUAAGGAGCAACAAGUUCACAUGAGAAUAUGUGUUAAAGACCGCUCGGACGCCGGAGGAAAUAUAUUCCCCGUUCGAAAAGAAUGGGAUCGUAAAUAGAACGCGUCGCCGACGCGUUGUUUAAAUAAAUCGGCCGACGGCCGCGUUGAACGCACACUUCCGUUUAAUGAAUCAGCGUGAAAAAUACAUGAGAAGAAGACAAAUGUCGCAGACUGCGGGGAGCGGUGACAGUUUGCCUACGUCAAUCUCGGGAAUGCGUCGUUACCGAUGUUACGUAACCCGGGCUCGGACCGAUCUAUAUAAAAAUCGGAAUGGAUCCGUACAGCGUGCGCGCCACGGGAAACCACGGACGAACGUUGUCCGAGCCGUUCGACUUUGCAUUACACGUUAUGACACAACUGCACCGCUUAGGAACUUCCGUUUUGUUGGACGCGAGCCACAACCGCUGUAGCGAUUCUUUUAUUCCUUCGCGACGGUUCUCGCAUUGUAUACGCGGUACAUGGAUCGCGCUGAUCUAUGUGGCAUGCGAGUUGUUCGCUUGUUUAUCGCCGAUGGAUCGUCGGAGAAGAAAAGAAGGAGCAAUUUGCAUAUACGAAAUCGUCGAUCGGCCAACGGCAAACUGAACGGGAACCGUCACCGCUCGGGCCGUUAUUAAAACGGCGUUUCGUCCCAGUGACGUCACCGCGUCGAAAGCUUCUCCGAUCGAUGGGGAUCAAAAGCAAUUCCUAGGACGAUUUAAUUAACUGAUUGCGAUAUUCGAUUUCGGCCGUCCCUAGGACGGUAUUAGCGUAAUUGAAAUGUAAAUAUUACAUUACCCACCCGUGAGAGGUUCCCGAUCCUCGUGAGCUUGUCCAAGGUGUGGCCGGCGGAAUGUGACUGUGAAUUAAAUGGAUUGUGAUACUAGAAGGACCCGUAGAAUGAUUUUCCAGCCAGUUUCUAAUUCACGAUCCUCCCCGCGUCAGCGUGGACGAGGUGAACGACCGUUUGUCGUUCAACGUAACGCUUAAUAUGUAUAUAUGAUGCCGAAGAGACCGACGAUUAUCUGUAUUCCGUGAAUAAACGACGAUUGAAUGUGUUAUGACCGACCGGAGACGAUCCCGAGCCGAAUUAUCUUUCAGAAAAUGUGCGCUUCGGACCUGUACACGCGGCUCGGAUCGAAACGCAGCGUUGUUCCUGCAAACAUGUGUAUACGAGUUACUUGUUCAUCGGUGAAACGGGAAAUCCGGGAAAUUCUCGUCAAUUGAAUUUGUAAUAUCGACACUCGAAUGAAUAUCAUUUAUGUCCCCUGGAUUUCGAAUCUGUUACCCACUUAUCAUGAAACACUCUGUAUAAACAGAUACUCAUGCUUUACGUACCGAGUAAUACUAAUGGAAGCACGACUCGAGAUGGAGUUUCUUAUCUAAAGUAAAGUAAAGAAGUUUUACAAUGUAGGAAGUAUGCUCGCGACUACGGUAAUCGAGAACAGAGAGAUUGCCUCGUUAAGGGGAUAUCGGUAAUGGCCUUGUUAAGGUCGAUUCUGUUGUCGAAUGAUUUUCUUUUUUAUGAUUCCCAUGUGUUAGGAAGGCAAACCGAAUGAUUAGGAUCUUAGAUUUCUUUGGAGAUUUUCUUGCUUAUAACUAGUUACGUUGAAUCGGUUGACACGGAUUCUGUUGACACGCUGUAAGAGACAGUUUCUAAAUUCAGAAAUGCACUGGAUAAUGAAACAGUGUUUCAAAAUUUGUUUUAGACACACGGACACGGAUAAUAUAAAAUGAAAAUUGUUGUUUAAAAUUAAAUUUAAUUAAAAAUGAAUAUUUGGUACUGUAAAGUACCUUCGGGACAUCUUUCUACUUUUAAUCCCACAGAUCAUGUUUCGAGAAAGGAACACAACAGAUUUCACUAACAAAAAUAUCAAUAAUAAGUUAUAUAGUAAUAAUUAAAGGGAAAAAGGAAUUAGAACAAACUAACAAUAUUAUAAAAUUAAGAUUUUAAAAUAUUAAGACCACUGUACUCUAGACACAGUAAUUAAUGCACAAUUCAAAUAUUACACGAAUAUUUCAUAUCCCCCCACAUCAACCCCAAAAAUCAAUGCCUCAGAAAAAAGAUCUCCCUACUCCAAAGAUCUUUCUAAAACAAAGAACUCACACCCUAAUCUCAAUUCACCAAAAAUCCUCCAUCGUCUCAAUCCUAAAGCAGCCUUCUAAAUUUAACUCUUCGCUGACACUACAAUUUUCCAUAAACGUGACCGACAAUAUGAAAUCUUUUAAACCAGGUUCUUCAUCGUUGCGAAUUCUGUAAAAACUAAACAAAUCCUAACCUACUUAUUACACUUCCCAAGCUAACCUACAGCCAACACUUUAACGAAAUCUUCAUAAAAAUCAAAAGUCACGUUAACACUAAAACUACCGAGCAACUAGAAUGACCUAUUGGCGAUCUUUUUAUAAAAACUAGAACACUACAUUUCUUCCGAUUCGAAGUGUCUCCUAGUCUUGUAUCUAUGCAAACACACAAAUUCGACAUUAAAACUACAUCAUUUAUCUAUCUAUAGAGCAUCCCUAUAAAAAUUCUAACAAUAGUCUAUCUUUGAUUUCCUCAGACAUUCCUCAUAGUAUUCGAUUGAAACUACUCAUUGUCAAGAUCAUUUCGAAUACUCAAUGCUCUCAAGAUAUCAAUAAUCACGAAACAAACAAAUCGAAACCGGUCAUUUUAACUGAUUCGGUAGUUCUACUGUUAACACUAAUCUCACCAACCGAUCAAAUGACGAGAUUUAAAAUUUUCCGUCUUCUUUUGUUCAUUUAAUUCUAUAUCAAUUCCUAUAUUGUCCGAUUGGUCUCUCAAUUUUCAUCCUUCCGUUCGUUUCUAUCUCCACUAAGAAAAAUGUAUUAGUUAUGUUUUAUUAAAUAUAUUAGUAUCGCUAGUUACGGUAGGACAAGUGCCGGUAUGAUUAACGUUAAUUGAAAAUCUUCCGUAAAAUCACCUUCACGAUUUAAACACUUGCGAACCCAUUCUGAAGUGAAUCAAUUCGAACCGCUCGGUAGUAUCAGCGUUAAGAUCGUGGAAAAAAACGAGAUUUUCGACAGUCCUUUAAUGGUCCAUAUUUCCGGCGGAGGGUUAAUUGUUACGCGGCGAUAAGCAUUCCUCUUUCCUCGCGACUCGGUCCUGUAUCUCGUUGCCGCGUAAUUAAUUACGAAUAAAACGCGGGGGUCGGAGGUGGAUACGAGACGAUGCACACGCGGGCCGAGGUUGGAAAUGCUCGAUAUUCCCGACACGCGGUGCCCGGCCGCAGCUCUCUACCCAGGGCCGUCGCGGUUCCGCGCGUCGUCGACGUCGUGGUCGUCGACGACGUAGUCGUCGGAGGCGACGCAGCCAGCCAACGGAGGAGGGUCACGGGGGUACGUGUCUGGCGAUAUGGAAAUAAUUACCGGGCGGGGCGAGGCACGAAUUAAUUAAGAGAUACGUAAGUAGCGUAUAUUGCGCACGAGAUGCAAUUACGUCGUCUUUGAAUCUGUUGGCGCAGCCAACGCCCGCCCCGCCCGCCUGAUACGCGUAACGAGCCGGGAACCGGUCAGGCGGACCUUUGACAUCGUUCCACACUGGUCCAGAAUUCGGGAAUAAUUGGCCAAUUAAUUUCUACGCCCGUAUUUAGACACGGUAUCGACAGGGCUGUGUCUGCGGUUGGUUGGAGUUAUAUUAGGAGAAUAUAAUUAACUUGAUUCUUCUUUGAGAUGAAAUGUUGUCACUUAGGGAAAGGUACGUUGAUUAAAAUGCAUAUUUGGUUGAGAUUAUUUUAGAACGUGGAAUAUUAACCGUUUGCAUUCGGGAGUUUUUUUGUUAGGAAUAUUCAACAUUCUCUGAUGAGAUCCAGACGAUGUUCUUUGAGAUUAAUUUGUGAGAAAAUAUACAUAUAUUGAGAAGGAACGUUAUUUUGUUUGAGUAUUUGAUGUAUUGAUGUAUUAUGAAAAGCUUAAUUAUUAUAUAUAAGAGUUUAUAAUUUUGCUGUAUCAAAUCAAGUGGUGACUGAGAGUCACCUCUCGAGUGUAAAGGGUUUAAUAGGAAUUCAUCGGUGGAAGGGUUGGUGUAGGGGAAUAUUUGUUAUUUCUUUCGAGAUGGUAUUGGAUACUGAAUUUUUGUUUAAUUUGAAUUAAUUGUGGAAUAUUGUUGAGUAAUUUCUAAGACUUCUUUCUAUUUGGUUUAUUUAUAUUUCUUUAUAUACAAAUUGGGUUUACGAAUUGACUGGAGUUGCAGAAUUAAUAGUGAAUAAUAGAAAAUUUAGUUUAUGAGAUGACUGUUUUUGAAUUAAGAAAAUUGCAUCUAUAGUGUUUUUGUCUGAUCAUAAAAUUCACGUAUUUUCACUCUUUUUUGUAGACAUAUAAAAAAGAAAACCGAGGAAGUUUCAAUAGCAGUCAAUGUCGGCUUUACAGAGUGGUUCAAGAGAAUUUAGAUGAUUGAUGGAUGCGAGCAUUAGGCGGAUGAAGUUUCAAGGCUGCUGAAAGUUUAGGACGUCGAAAGUGAUAUAAAACUUGUUGCCCGAUUCAAUAUCAUAAAUUCCUAUGAAGUAAUAUCGAACUUCAUAUUGUAUAUUCAAGGUUCGCUGCCGACAUCGAAAUAACAUAUUCGAUACUCCCAUAAAACAGUCCGCGCAGCUCAUCACUAUAACUUUCCUCCCUCAAAAACAAAAUAUCCUUACAAAAUGAAGUAACAUCGCCUCAACAACCUAAUCGCUAAGUUUCCCAUAAUCGAAAAUAAUUACCUCCCUCGGAACGUCCUCCAACAACCAUGAUUCCUCGCACGCUUGAAUUAUAACAGAUGAUGGUUUGAUUGAUUUCAACCCCCGAGCAACCGGCACUUAUCGCGUUACAAAAACAAUCAAACGAAAUCUGCCUUUUCCUGACCAUCCAACGGUAACCCGUCCGCCAUCCUCGUUCGGCCGACACCAAAAACAACCAACGAAAACGCCCAUCCUCCUCCCUGACAAGGCAGCAACACAUCAAUUUCCGAAGCAUCAAUUUCCGCGCGUUUCCCUCAAAAUUCAAUAACGCGCCGCGGCGCAAUUUCCACACCCACUUCCUGCAACGGAAUAACAACGUUCCGUUAGGCAAAAAAGGUCCACGUAAUAAUCAUCAAUCUGCGGUCGAGAUGGUAGAUAGAAACGCAGAGACCCC